GCUUUGUCUUUUUUCUGUUGUUAUUGGUGUUGUUUUAUUAUAUUAUUAUUUUCUGAGCAUUGUUGUUGUUGUAUUUGUUUGUAAAAUGUUAUGAUUUUCUUUGGGCUGUGGGCGAAAUGAACAAACUUGAGCCUGGUUUCUAGAGGGUGUGGGUACUAUCUUUGAUCGGUUCUAAAAACGCAAGGAUAGUUGCAUGUGGUGGAUCUGUUUUAAUACUGAUUUCGAACACUUUAUUGGCAAACAACCAAGGGGCUGGCAACUUUUUUGGUGUAUUUGGUAUGGUUUGGUGUUUGAUUAUAAUCUAUAAUCUUGAAGGUAAAAGACUUUGGGUCCUAAGUUGUUACGUGCUGAUUGUAGUUCUUUGGAGAAGGGCCAAGGCUGAUUCAUUUCUGAUCCACCAAUUGGCAGUGAGAAUUCUUAUUACAUAAAUCACCUCAUGCGAACCUCAUAGCAUGGACUCGCACCGGUUUUUUGGACUUGGAGUGACUGGUGCCGGCCUAUCCUUCACAUCAUCUUAUCCCACUGUUCCAUCCGUACCUAAUAGACUGCUUGGGUCCUUGAAAUUUGAUUUAGGGAACUCACCUGAUUCACCCUUUUCAACUCAGUUUGACACCGAUAGCCUCACAAAUUUAAGUGAGAGCCAGGAGCAGCACAGUUCCACAGAAAAUCUCUCAGGAGUAAGUGCUUCCUGUAACUCUUCAUUAGAAACCAGCAGCUAUUAUCAUCAGUUAAAUCCUUCUCUGGACCGUCUUCGAGAAGAUCAAAAGCUCUAUCCUAGUCCGGCUUCUUUUAUACGGGAUGCAAAUUGCAGCCAGAACAUAAGACACGCUUUAUUGAAAUUAGAGACUGCUUUGAUGGGGCCUGAUGAUGAUGAAGCCACUACACAGGAAGUUAGCAGACCAGAGACACCAGACCGAAGAUCUAGGUCAUGGAGCCAGGAGCCACGGGGGGUACAUGCAUCUCAGUCUCAACUAUCAUUCGUAUCUGGGCAUAUGCAGUCAGACAAAGUUGUUCAUGGAGAAAAACGUCACAAAUCAAUGGAUGAAGCAUCUUUGCCGAGUUUCUCGCCAGGCAGUCUUAAGCAAUUGCUGAUUGCAUCUGCUAAAGCUCUCUCUGAGAACAGGAUGGAUAAUUUUGAUAAAUUGGUGGAAAAGGCUAGAGGUGCUGUGUCUAUCACAGGAGAACCUAUCCAGCGUCUUGGUGCUUACAUGAUAGAAGGGCUUGUGGCAAGAAAGGAAGCAUCUGGCACCAACAUUUAUCGUGCCCUUAGGUGUAGAGAGCCUGAGAGUAAGGACUUGCUUUCAUACAUGCAUAUCCUGUAUGAAAUCUGCCCCUACUUGAAAUUUGGUUACAUGGCAGCCAAUGGGGCCAUUGCUGAUGCAUGUAGAAAUGAGGAUCACAUCCACAUCAUAGAUUUCCAGAUUGCUCAAGGAGCCCAGUGGAUGACUCUCCUUCAAGCACUUGCAGCGCGGCCCAGAGGGCCUCCCCAUGUGCGAAUUACUGGGAUCGAUGACCCUGUUUCCAAAUAUGCCCGUGGUGAUGGGUUGGAGGCUGUAGGGAGACGGUUGGCAGCGAUUUCUGAGAAAUUUAACAUCCCAGUUGAGUUUCAUGGAGUGCCAGUUUUUGCUCCAGAUGUCACGCCAGAAAUACUUAAUGUCAGGCCUGGGGAGGCUCUGGCUGUAAACUUUCCCCUGCAGCUCCACCACACUCCUGAUGAGAGCGUAGAUGUGAACAAUCCAAGGGAUGAGCUGCUGAGAAUGGUAAAGUCACUGUCUCCCAAGGUAGUCACUUUGGUGGAGCAAGAAUCAAACACAAACACAACCCCGUUCUUCCAUAGGUUUGUAGAAACUCUAGACUUCUACUUGGCAAUGUUUGAGUCUAUCGAUGUCACCCUUCCAAGAAACAGUAAAGACCGGGUAAAUGUGGAGCAGCAAUGUUUGGCGAGGGAUAUUGUGAACAUAAUUGCUUGCGAGGGGAAGGAGAGGGUGGAGCGCCAUGAGCUCUUUGGCAAGUGGAAGUCUAGAUUGACAAUGGCCGGGUUCUGCCAAUAUCCAUUAAGCUCUUAUGUAAACUCUGUGAUAGGGACCCUGCUGAGGUGUUAUUCUGAACAUUAUACGCUAGUAGAGAGGGAUGGGGCGAUGCUGUUGGGCUGGAAAGACAGAAACCUGAUAUCGGCUUCUGCUUGGCAAUGAUAAUAGCAGAGAAAGGUAUAAGAUGUAGCUGUAGAAAGGAACACUGUACUUUUUCCAGGCUUGUGAUGCUGACAUUACAGCAUGCCGUAGAAGGUGGGGGAUGCUAUAGCAUCAGCGGAUGGGUGCGUUGAAUAAUCUUGUGCAUCGUUGUCCAGAUUUCCAUCACUGUCUUUUGUUAUGAUAUACAGUUUAUUUAUCAUCGAGUUCUUUGAUAUAGAUACUUCCUCACCUGUUUCAGUAGUAUAUUAGAGUUGUGUAUAUCCUUGUUGAUGGGGGUUGAGAAACUUGUAACACGUGGCAAGCCAAGUUAAUUCGUUAUUGUUUGGUUAAAGCAUAGUUUGUUGUUAUGGAACAAUGCUCAUUUGUGGUGUUUUGUUAUGUUAGGAAAAUAGGAGUCUCAUGCUAGUUAUCCAAUAAGCCACUGUUGGCUAUAUAGCUUGUAUAUGCAGUUCAUUGAAUGGGUAGCAUUAGAAUGUAGCUAUACUCAGUCUCUUUGUGAGGUGCGACUCCUCUGUUCCUUGAGAUGCCACGAGACUCCAUUAUUGGCAGCCUCUCGAUGAAGAAGGCCAAACAGACCCUUUGUUCAUAAACUGUAAUUCAGGAUUUUUCAAAAUCUUUUUGGCGUAUAAGUUUUGUUA